AUGUUGUCGUAUAGAAAUAAUUUUCUUUUUUCUUUUCUUUUUUUUCUUAUUUCUAUUUUUCUCUUUUUACUUUUUUUUUAUUUAUUUUUUUCCUUUUUAUUCUUUUUUUUUUCUGUUUCUUUUUUUUUUUUUUUUUUAUUUAUUUUUUUUCUUUUUUUCUUUUUUUCCUUUUUCUUCUUUUUUUAUUUUUUCCCUUGUUUUCGUUUUUUCUUUUUUUCCCCUUUUUUAAUUUUUUCUUUUUUCAUUUUUUUCAUAUUUUUUUGUUUUUUCGUUGUUUUUUUUCAUAUUUUUUUCCUUUUUUCAUUAUUUUUUUGUUUUUCAUAUUUUUUUCGUUGUUUUUCAUAUUUUUUCCCCUUGUUUUUCAUAUUUUUUCCCCUUGUUUUUCAUAUUUUUUCCCCUUGUUUUUCAUAUUUUUUCCCCUUGUUUUUCAUAUUUUUUCCCCUUGUUUUUCAUAUUUUUUCCCCUUGUUUUUCAUAUUUUUUCCCCUUGUUUUUUUUUUCCCUUGUUUUCAUUUUCUUUUUUUUCCCCUUGUUUUUCAUAUUUUUCCCCUUGUUUUUCAUAUUUUUUUUUUCCCUUGUUUUUCAUUUUUUUUUUUUUCCCCUUGUUUUCAUUUUUCUUUUUUUUUUUUUCCCUUGUUUUUCAUUUUCUCUUUUUUUUCCCCUUGUUUUUCAUUUUCUCUUUUUUUUCCCCUUGUUUUUCAUUUUCUCUUUUUUUUCCCCUUGUUUUUCAUUUUCUCUUUUUUUUCCCCUUGUUUUUCAUUUUUUUUUUUCCCUUGUUUUUUCAUUUUUUUUUUUUUUUUUUUCUUGUUUUUCAUUUUCUUUUUUUCCCCUUGUUUUUCAUUUUCUUUUUUUUUUAUGUUUUUUUCAUUUUUUUUUUCAUUUUCCCUUUUUUUUUUUCUUGUUUUUUUUUUCAUUUCAUAAGCUAGUCACGCAACGACAAUCUAAAAACUAA